GCCAAAUUCCUCCUCCCCCGGCCUCCUCUCUCCUUCCUAGCUCUACCCCGGCCGCCACACGCCCGCCCAAGAAGAGCUCGCAGCAGCAGGUACGUAGUGCAUGGCCCAGGAGAGCUCGCAGGCCUCCGUCGCGAGCUCACCGCCGCACCCUCCAUCUUCGGCUUUCUGGUGGCGCGACAUGCAUCCCUAUUCCACUACCCCUGCUUGGCCGCCGCCGGCCGCCACAGCGGCCACGCCGCUCUGGACCCCGCUCGCUCAACACAGGACAUCCUCCUCCGGCGCCGACGACGACCUGUCCGCCUCCAACGCCACCAUGCAGACCUCCUUCACCAAGACCUCUACCAACCACUCCGGCAUCAGCAUGGACGACUCCUCAGCCGCCACUGCGGCCGUGCAGAGCCACCUCUGGAACCAAGUCGUCAUGGGCACCGGCGGCGAGGUCGCGAGGAGCAUGCAGGUGGUGCAUGACGCCCACAACGACGACAGCGAGAACUUCCUUGAGCUGCUAAACUCAAGGACGCUCGCCACGGAGCUCUUUGCCGAGCCGCCGGCUUGCGACUAUCUCAAGAAGAUGGAGUACGGUGGCGGCAGCGCAUGGCCGGACGUCCACCAGUUCAGCGCUGCCAAUAUGGACAAGCACCUCCCUUCCGCCUCCGGCCCUGGCUACUGGUCCAUCGCGCCGCCCAACCCGUGCCACGGAGACAGCGGCCACCACCAACGCGUUGGCGGCUCCGGGCCAUGCGAUAACGCCGCCGCCAUGGGCCACGUUGCCAAGGCCCUCUUCCUGGACGCGGACGGCAACGUCAAACACGAGAUGGGUGGGGGCGGCCACGGCGCGAUACUGCAGGAAGCGGCCAGCACCAGCAGCACCAGCAGCCAAGACUUCACGAGGCCCAUCGGGCUAGGGUACAGCUCCAUGCAAGGGCUCAUCAGCAACAGAAUGUAUGGAGGCGGCGCCGGCGCUUAUGACGUUGCCAUGGACGUUCGGUGGGGCAGAAAUGACGGUCGCGACCCUAGGAGCCUGUCGGGCUUGAUAUCGUUCGGCCGGGGGAUGGGAAAGCCUGCGCCUUCCGGCUCCCCGGCGAAGACGUCGUCGGCGGAGUACAAGAAGCAAGGGCGGGAGAUGUCGUCGCCGGUACCUGAGAAGACAAGCACCAGCGGCGGCUGUGGCAAGGGGAGUAGUGCACUAUCCACCAAGGGGAAGAAGAGAUCGGAAGAGGAGAGGGGAUCGGAAGGCAACGUGAAGAAGUCCAAGCACGAGUCCUGCUCGCCCACGUCGUCGUCUCCCAAAGGCCAGGUGACUAAAGUAAAGUUAGGACACAAGAUAACUGCACUUCAACAGAUGGUUUCACCAUUUGGGAAGACCGAUACCGCAUCAGUUCUAUAUGAGGCGAUAAAUUACAUUAAGUGGUUGCAUGAGCAAGUGCAGCUGCUGAGUGACCCUUACAUGAAGUCGUGUAGUAGCAAGGAUUACAAGCCAUGGGUACGGUCUGAUGGGAUGGAGAAGGAAGAUGCAGAGACUGACCUAAAGAGUAGGGGGUUGUGCUUGGUUCCACUCUCCCGCACGCCCCAGGUGUACAUGGAUAGCAACGGCCCGGAUUAUUGGACCCCGCCCAACAGGAGUUGUUUAUUCCAAUGACUUACUUCAUUACUUACUAUUAUUAUUAUCAUUAUUAUUGUUAUUAUUAUUGUUGUUAUUAUUAUUAUUAUAUUGUUGUUGUUGUUGUUGUUGUUGUUGUUGUUGUUGUUGUUGUUGUUGUUGUUGUUGUUGUUGUUGUUGUUACCGCAUCGUGAACGAGAUAUAUUUAGAGAAUGAGCAAUUCAUGAGGUUAAUUUAGAGUUGUAUCUCUGUAACUAUAGCCACAAGUUAAUUAAACAUCAAAUGUAUCUUGUAUGUUGAUUGGAUCCAUGGUUCGUGUAAUGUUGUCCAUUGUUAACAUCGGUACUGCGUUGAUUCUUUCUGCUCUAGAACUGAUGUGACCAUUUUUAAUGAGAUAUGACAUGAUUCUAUACAUAUAGUAGAUUUUAAAAGCAUAUAGAUUAUACAACGUGUUUCAUCGCUGGCUUAACUUACAGAUGUUGCAUUGCAUCUGUUCAGGAAAUAUCCCAACUCCACAAAGUAAAGAGAAAAAAAAGUUCAUUUAGAAUUCACAAAGCCGAGACAGAAGAAAGUUGGCACAAAAAAGAACAGUAAAUGUUACUUUAUUUGAUUCCUAGUAUGU